GUGUGUGUGUGUGCGGGCGCGCGCUGCGUGGAGAUACAGUAGUAACCCGUGUGAGUGAGGCGGCUGCCUUAUAUUGUGCAUCGACGCUGGCUCGCGCUGCGUACUUUCAACGUGUCCCGGCAUCGCGGAGCGCACUUGAGGAGCAGAAGGAGGAAAGAGUCAAGAUGGCAUCUGGAAGUGAACGAUCCGGGAUCUGAUCUCUCUUUGGGGAUUUUCUUUUUCUUUUCUUUUUUUUUGGGUGGGGGGGGGGAGCACCACGCAGCACAUUACCGGCCGUGGCGUUCGUAACUAAGUUGCUCGUGGCCCGGCUGGGACUCCGCCGGCGUGGAAUAGCAACAAAGGACGGGAGCGCGCAUCCAUGGGACGCGACUUUGACAGCUCCUCGUCUCUCGUCUUUUAACUUCAUUACCCGGCAGCGGGGGUAAGGUUGCUAUCGGAGAAUAAUGGCCGAGGCUUCGCUCCCGGACCCACCCCCGGAUUUGGACGUGGCCAUUGACCCGGACUUCGAGCCCCAGACGCGGCCCAGAUCUUGCACCUGGCCGCUGCCGCGGCCGGACUCCAACGCGGCGAAACCGGAGAGCAACGACGCAGACAUUAUACCUGAGGAAGAGGACGACGAAGACGACGGCGCCAACCCUGCGUCGACCAGCGUCAAUGGCUCGGGCUUGGCGACCGAGGACCAGAGCAGCAACAGCCCAGCGGCCGAUGGCGCGCUCUCCUCCUCCGGCCAGGAGAGCGCAGGCUCCCCGCUCUCCGCGUACUCGCCGACGGCCGCCUCCGGCGCGCCGAACCCCGGCGGCUUGGCCGCCCAGCAGGCCCCGAGGAAAGCGUCAUCUCGCCGUAACGCCUGGGGGAACCUCUCGUACGCCGACCUGAUAACCAAAGCGAUCGAGAGCGCGCCGGACAAGAGGCUGACGCUGUCUCAGAUUUACGACUGGAUGGUGAGAUCCAUCCCCUACUUCAAAGACAAAGGCGACAGCAACAGCUCUGCAGGAUGGAAGAACUCCAUCCGGCACAACCUUUCCCUUCACAGCCGCUUCAUCCGGGUGCAGAACGAGGGAACGGGGAAGAGCUCCUGGUGGAUGAUCAACCCGGAGGGAGGCAAGGGCGGGAAGGCUCCUCGCCGCCGCGCCGUCUCCAUGGACAACAGCAACAAGUACACCAAGUCGGCCCGCGGCCGCGCCGCCAAGAAGAAGGCGGCUCUGCAGGCCGCCGCUGCCGCCGGCGAGGGCGGCGCAGACAGUCCGUCGGGUCUCUCCAAGUGGCCCGGCAGCCCGACGUCACGCAGCAGCGAGGAGCUGGACGCCUGGACCGACUUCCGCUCCCGCACUAAUUCCAACGCCAGCACAGUGAGCGGCCGCCUCUCGCCCAUUCUGGCCAACCCUGAGCUGGACGAGGUGCCCGACGAGGAGCCUCCUCUCUCGCCCAUGCUGUACUCCAGCCCCGGCACGGCGCUGUCUCCGGGCAACGCCGCGACCGGCGCGAAGCCCGCGCCGGCUGAGCUUCCCCGCCUCGCAGACCUGGCGGGUACGAUGAACCUGAACGACGGACUCAAAGACGACCUGAUGGACGAGUUGCUGGAUAACAUCGACCUGGUGCCAACCGUGACGGGGGCGGCGGCUCCGAGCGGUUCCUCCGUGUUCAACUUUGUGUCUAAACCCAACGGGCUGGGCUCACCUUCCACCCACUCUUCUCCGUCCACCAACUCUACUAACGGUGGCGUUAACGGCUACGCCAACUCCAUCUUUGGCCCCCACGCGCCAGGCUCCUCCCUGCGCCCGGCCCCCAUGCAGACCAUCCAGGAGAACAAGCAGACGUCCUUCUCGGGCCUCUCUCGCUUUGGCAAUCAGACGCUACAAGACCUGCUCAACUCGGACAGCCACGGCCGAAGCGACGUCAUGAUGACCCAGUCCGACCCGCUGAUGUCGCAGGCCAGCGCCGCCGCCGUCAUAUCGCAGAACUCCCGCCGGGGCCUCAUGCUCCGCAAUGAUCCCGUCAUGACCUUCGGCGUAACUGGUGGACUUCAGGGUAGCCAAGUGGAGAUUCUUCCGAGUAACAACCACAACCUGCGGUCUUUGAACGGAGGCCUGAACCUAGCCAACGAGGCUAACGCACUGGCUAAUGCCAAGCCACACCUCCUGCUUUCCCCGUUGGGAGGAAAUGGUUCCUCUUCCAUGCAGAUCGACACUUCAAUCUUCCUAAACGGGACAAUUAGCAGCAGCGGAGGGAUGUGCCAGGACCGUUUCCCCACAGAUCUGGACCUGGACAUGUUCACGUGUAGCAGCAGCAGCCUGGAGUGUGACGUGGACUCCAUCAUCAGGAACGAGCUGAUGAUGGAGGCGGACGGCCUGGACUUUAACUUUGACUCUCUGGUCAACAUGAACGGAGUCGGCAGCUUAGCGAGCACCAAGCAGACCUCUCAGAGCGGGGUGCCCGGCUGAGGCGCCGGGGCCGGGGGAGAGCAGAGCAGGUCUGAACUAAGUAGUGCAAAAGAAGAUCAGACACACAACAUCCUUUUUGCCAAACCUGCCAUCAGCACAACGUAAAGAUACGAACCGUGUGUUUACAGAAGAUUUUCUCACGAGAGCUUUACCUCGGCUCCCACACUGAUGAACCACGGACGAUCGGACAAACUCCAGAGACGCUGCACGUCAUCCCUCGAAGCCUCCUGUGAAACCACCACCACCACAACAACAACAACGAGGAAGUUAAUGUAAAACUCACAAAUUAUGCAAUUCUCCUUUGACGCUCAGUCUGUGGACAUCAAAGAGACACAGAUUCAUCAGAAGGGUGUCUCGGGUGAUAUACAAGGAUUUAAUAUAAAGCAAAGCUUGAAGGAGUUGUUUCCUUUGAAAACAAAAAUAAAGACAAAAACAAAGUGUAGAGUGAAAAGAUCCAGAGGUGCCGUGGUGUAAAUCUGAUCCAGGGGUUUCCUGGGAUGUGUUCUGUGGAAAAAACAAUAUCCCUCUGUUCUCUUUUGGUGUUUUAAAUGUUCAGUGUUUGUUUUGGGGACUUUCUAUCUUGUCAUUGUUGUCUGCAUCAUACAUGUCUUCGGUGUGUUGAUGAAAUGGAAAGAUGAACGUGGAGUAUCUUUACGUACAUGCAAACACACCAACAGACCGACCGACUCUUUGCCCCAGUUUGCAAAUCGCCAGGACCCGUACGAGUCAAAACUGCUCAACUCAAUGCCAUGCACUUCCAAAUCUGUUGCUUCAAUUAAAUUAAGUUGCAUACUGAGGGCUAUAAUUACCAUUAGCUGAAUAUUUAAAAUAAUAUUUGCUAUCAUUUGUAAAAAAAACAAUUAAAAAACGAAAGGAAAUAUCUGUAAAUCUGUAAUCUAACUGUAAAAACUGAAGAAAAAAAAAAGACGAGAGAAAGAGAAUCUUUGUCAUGGAUAUUUGUACAGUCCAGAGUGGUGUAGAGUUCAAGAAAGACAGGUAAAGAUUUUGUCAGAUGGCUUUAUCACUGCAUAUGAUGUAGGCAAAAUGAUUACCUGUGUCCUGGGGGUUGUGAACAUUUCCACACCAUUACAGGUGCUUUGUAAACAGUGUUGAGCCCGACCCGGAGAGAGCAAGCCGUGCAUUUCGUUUGGUCUUUUUCUUUUUCUGUUUUUCACCCUCAUUCUGCAGAUGCCCAAAGCUGCAGCCAUUUGUAGCACGGCGAGGUUGAACCUGCAGACGGUGGCGGGUGGAGGAGGGGGCAGGGAGGGGGCGCAGGGUUUCCGGCUCAUUCCUCCAGAAGCCAUUUGUUUCUUGAGUACAACAAUAAUAAGCUAUCUCUGUAUAUUGCCAAAUUACUUGAAACAAACAGUAGGAUAUGCUGGCAGCCAAAUCACGACACACACUAACAGACAAGCACACACACACACACGUUUGUUGCACACACGUAGAAGAAAUAAUACCAGGGAUCUGUGUUAAGCUCUGCUGUUCUCCCGUCACGGGCGUGUGAGGCUUCAUAUGCAUAUAUAGAAUCACUCAGGGGGGGAAAGGGAGGCUUCCCAUUUUAAGUAACAUCAAGUCACAUUCUAAUGGUAUUUUAACAUUUCUUGAUAGAAAACAGUAGUGCUUUGUGUUUGUGAACUUGUAACCUGUGAACUUUGGCCGCCAAGAUGAAGGAGGAGGAGAAGAAACGUCAGGAUUAAGACAUCACGCGGCCCGUUAUUUUUCUUUUUUUUUUUUGCUGUCAUGGCUUUUAUUUUUUUCCUCCUUGUCGGACUUGUGACGCGCAUACACACAUCCCCCCUCGUGGACACGCCUGGUGCUCCUCCAGGUGAUUUCCCCGUACCUCCCGAGUACAUGUUUAUGUGCGUGCGUGUACGUGAUUAUCUGUGGAAUUUAUUUCUGUUGAUUUAAUCUCACAAGGAUGUGUAAUCCCUCACUAUCCCUCAUGCUGCAUACAGCACAGCCGACUGUACGCGUGCAUGUGUUUAUGCAUUAUGAAAACGUGUGAAAUGCAUAUAUACUCGCUGUACUUAUAUACUCAUGUAGUACUUGACCCCCUUGGAUUUCAUGAAACCUCUGAAGGUAAAGUUGAAGAAGUAAUGAACAAAGUUACAUCCCCCCGUAGGAAGGAACACUGUUACCAGCAAUUUAAUUGUUGAACCAGAUUUUUUUUCUUUUUUUCAAAUGGUGGAAAGCACCGUUGUUGUAGCAUCUGGGCAUCCUGGGAUCCCUUCUCUCUGUCCGGGGUGGCAACAUGAAGUGUAUGCCCCGCUGUGUAUAAUAGUGUACAGAUGUGUGUGUAUAUCCCUUUGAAGCCAAGGUCGGAGGAGUGUGUGUGUGUGUGUGUGCACGGUUGACUAGAAUGAUCUACUGUGCUAUCUGAGGUUUAGUGCAUGACCUAGCUGUACCCCUACAUCCUUCCAAUGGUGCCGUCCUGCGACAGAAAUUGUAAAUCACAGAGGAACCCUGUGUCUUUAGCACUUAAGCACACACACACUUUCUAUUUUUUUAAAUCGGGGCUAACAAAGCUGAGUCCUCCCGCGUUAAAGGGUUUAUUGUUACGAGUGUGUGCACAUCAAGGCAGACACAGGGAAAUCCUCCUCAACGGACGUUCCUCGGCUUCACACUUGUUUUAUUCCACGUGGAGUACAGCAGGUUAACGUCCCGGUGCUCGCAGAAUGUUUGCUGGUCAUUUUGAUGUGGUAGAAGCCCCAUCUGACAACGCGCUGGAGAUUCCUACACCCUUGUCACAUCUAAAAAUCUCCAAAGCAUUUAUCACACGUGCUUGGAAUGGAAACCCCCGAGCCGUCACUGCUAGGCAUUUGGAUUUAUUCACGAUGACAGCGCUAAAUGCUAGAAGCACUCGACUAGUCCCGUGAACAGGACUGACAACAUAAAAGCCCGUUCUACUUAAAGAGGGGUUAUUGAUCCCUGAUAAAACAUACAUACGUUGUGUAUGCUUUGGCUCUUCGGGGAGGUAGUUUACACUUUGUCAUAGUGGAGCAGGCCUUCCACACAACCACUCAGUGCUACUGCUUCAUUGAUGCACAGAUUAUCUCCUCGUGCUCAACACACAUACACACACGCACACACACACCUGCAGCACGUCACGUGCAAAUUUAAAGCUAAGAAAAGCAAAAAAAAUAGAAGUAAACAUACCACUAGAUACCUUAAUCACCUUCGAUGUUCCCUUUUCAUUAACUUCUCUUGGAACUUUUUCAUGAUUCUCUAGAGGUCCAGGUCAGCUGCCCCCCUCACGUCCUCUGAGCUGUUUCCUUUAUUAAUCUUGCUUCUUCUCGACUUGAUGUUAGUUGGUAUUUUUCCUGUGUAUUCCAUUUUUAAUUGUAAUCUAGUUUGUAUAAGAAAUGGUGCGCAUGUAAAUAAAGCUUGGUGAGGCUCCACACCCA